CCAAAUUGGCAAAUUCUUUCAUUACCACGAGCCUCUCAAAUCUCACCAUUACGGAGUGUCUAUCCGCUCACUAUCGAUUCCAUUCUUUCCCAUUCAUACUUACCUCAUUCACCGCAAAACUCGAUUCUCCCCCGGCAUUCGUCAAAGCAUUAUCAUUUUCAAGUUGGGCAAUCCUGGGUCAAGAGUUUUAAGUUCAAUCUUCCAUGCCAAGGGUGUUCAUUUUUUUAGCAUAGAAAUAAAGUUUGCAUCCUGCUAUGCAGUCCUUUGAACCACUAAUGAUGGAAGUAACAGCAGGAUAAAACCGUUGUCCUAUGGCCUUGGCAGUUAUUCGGGCAAUUCUUGGGGGUGAAAGAAAUUCAAGGGACGUGGAGAGUAGUAGCACCAUAGGUAAAAGAAGCCAGCAGAACAUUCGCAUGAUCAGAAAAAGUGGCAUGGAAUUUGAAUCCUGUUGGACAAAGCAUCAAAAGUUGUCAGCCUUCACAGCUCAAGCUAUUCAUUUUGCAACAGCUUUUAUGCAUUGGUCUUCUAGAAUUUCCUUAAGUGAAGGAUAUCAUGAGUUUCUCUAGUCAAAAGCUUGUCGAUAUUAAGUUACAUAUUGAGUUCAAUCUGUCAUUGUGAUUUCAAAAAAUAAAUAAAUAAAUAACAAAAAGAAAAAUGACUGGUGCUAAUUGUGGGAAAAUGAGAGUCACAGAAUCUAAGGUGCGUUUUUUGGAAAAAAGUUCUUGUAUUACUUCUUUCUUUGCUAAUGGUUCCUACUCUCCCAUCUUGCCUGGUUUGCCUGAUGAUGUGGCAAAAUGCAUCCUUGCUCUUGUUCCCCGAUCUUAUUUCCCUGCUAUGAGUGGCGUCAACAAGAAGUGGAGAUCGUUUAUCAGAAGCAAAGAGUUCAUCCUGGUACGAAAGCUAGCCGGGUUGCUUCAGGAGUGGCUUUAUGUUUUAACCGCGGAUGCUGAUGGAAAGGAAAGUUACUGGGAGGUAUUGGAUUGUUUGGGGAAUAAACACCGUCAGCUCCCACAGAUGCCAGUUCCUAUCAAAGCUGGGUUUGGUGUGGCUGUUCUCAAUGGAAACUUGCUUGUCAUAGGUGGAUAUUCCAUGGUUGAUGGACCUGGUUCUGCUUCACCAGAUGUCUUUCAGUAUGGUUCAUGCUUGAAUAGUUGGAGCAAGUUAGCUACCAUGAAUGUGGCACGCUACGACUUUGCUUGUGCUGAGGUGAAUGGGAUGGUGUAUGCAGUUGGAGGGUAUGGCACGGACGGGGAAUCUCUCUCUUGCGCCGAGAUGUACGACCCCGACACCAACAAAUGGACAGUGAUCGAGUCUCUCCGUCGCCCAAGGUGGGGCUGUUUCGCCUACGGAUUUGAUGGGAAGCUGUACGUAAUGGGAGGCCGUUCGAGUUUUACAAUAGGAAACUCGAGGUUUGUUGAUGUGUACAACCCGGAGAGGCAUGCGUGGUGUGAGAUGAAGAAUGGCUGUGUUAUGGUCACCACUCAUGCGGUGCUAGGGAAGAAGCUGUUUUGCAUAGAGUGGAAGAACCAGCGCAAACUAGCCAUAUUCAACCCGGAGGACAACUCGUGGAAGAUGGUCACGGUUCCCGUGACCGGGAGUUCGACUGUCGGGUUUAGAUUUGGGGUAUUGGAUGAGAAGUUGUUGCUGUUUUCGGGUACACGGGAGGAUUCGGGUUAUGAUGCCACACUGUUGUAUGACCCCAAUGCAGCGCCGGGCUCGGAGUGGAAAACCUGCGAAAUAAAGCUGUCUGGUACGUGCCUGUGUAGUGUCACCAUUAAGGCUUAGAACUUUUUAAGUCUAAUUUGUUUUUUUGGGCGCAUGUUUAGCCCUUCUUGUUAUGGACGCACUAAGUUUGCGUUGUUUCUUGCGUUCCUGUUUUACUAUUAUCUCAUUUGGACAACAAUGGGAUUUCAUUAAAUUUGCUUUUCAUUU